AUGCCUGUCAUUGACGCCACCAACUACCUGGCGGAUCUCCCUCAGGCCGGCAUUCAUAUUGACGCAGACAAUGAAGAAGAUUAUUGCCUUCCACGUACCCUAGACAGUGACCUACUGAUCUGGAAGGAGACCCACCCGGACACCAGAAUGGUCACUUGGUGGAUGCAUACCAACGUGAGGGUGGCCCCAGUGCCCUUGUCUGCUGACGCCCGCACUAACACGAUCAGCGUGGCCAACGACUGGCAGAUCUGUGACUUGCAGCACCUGAUCAUUGUCCAACCCGCGCCAGGUCCGCAACGCUCGCAUAUCCGUGUCCACGCCCCGCGUACCUUCUCUGGUGUCUCCAACGACAAGGGCGUCUGCAACCCCACACCAUGCGACUUCAUUUGGAAUGUGCGGAACUACCUCGUCACUGGGGAGGAAGCCGCCGGUAACCCGCUCAGCAACCACGUCAAGAUUGUUCUGGUCUCUAUGCUUCUCAACCAGUCUGCCGCCAUGUGGUAUGAGCAGAUCAUGGCCGACUAUGCAGAGUAUUGGCAGAUGGCAGAUCAGGUGCAGCACACAUUCCUGGCCAUGUUCCUUCAGCAGUUUGAGGAUGUCGACAUCCAGAAGACAGUCAUCACUAAGAUCCAGUCCAUGCAACAAGGCGCGCAGUCUGUGGAGGUGCACACGCGCCUGUUCAAGGACUGGGCCGGCCACACAGGCUUCAAUAACACUACACUCAUUGAGCUCUACAGGAGGAGCUUGAAACCUGCCAUCUGUAACAAGGUCAAUUGUCAGGGCAAGCAUCGCCCGGACACGCUCCAAGGCUGGUACAAGGACACCAUGCUAUUUGACAGGCAGUGGCGUGAAGAUCAUCCAGACCGGCCCUUGUCACCACCACUAGGGGCCGGCCCAGAUGGGUCAGCCUGUAUUAGUUCAUGA